UGCGUUUUGUAUCCUAAGCCAUUGCCCCCUUCUUCCCCCACGGCCCCCGACACCUCUCUAUCUUCUCUGCGAUUUUUUGUUCCGCCGUAACCCACGGCGUUCUCGUCCUCUCGGUUGGGAAGCGCCUACAGCCCCCAUUUCCGCCUCUGCUCGAAAAUCCGAUAUUAUUUGGUGGUUGAAAGGGUUAGGCGGUGUGAAUUGUGGCAAAAGUAUUAGUCAUCAUUAGAUGGGAGAUACUGAGGAUGGUAUCAAGCUGAAGAAAACUGUUUUCGUAACAGUUGGAACGACUUGUUUUGAUGCUCUUGUUAGAGCAGUGGAUACUCGGGAAGUUAAAGAUGAGUUGCUGAAAAGAGGAUAUACCCAUCUUAUCAUUCAAAUGGGUCGUGGAUCAUACACACCCACAAAGUCUGGAGGAGACGAUGGGUCUCUGGCUGUAGACUUCUUCACUUUCUCAUCAAGCAUAGCAGAUCAUCUGAGAUCAGCAUCUCUAGUGAUCAGUCAUGCGGUUUACGAUUACAUUCAUUUCUGGGACCACGGUGCAGGGUCAGGCAGCAUAUUUGAGACAUUGCGACUUGGGAAGCCUUUAAUUGUGGUGGUGAAUGAAGAUUUGAUGGACAAUCAUCAAAGUGAGUUAGCAGAAGAACUUGCAGAGAGGAAGCACUUAUACUGUGCCCGUCCUCAAACACUUAAUCAGACCAUAGCGGCUAUGAAUUUGGAGUCUCUACUUCCAUAUCCUCCUGGGAAUGCCAUACCUGUCGCUAAGCUUAUUAAUCGAUUUCUAGGUUUCCCAGAUGAUUAAUGAAACUAUAGAUCUUUAAUUCUUCAAUGAAAUUGUUUUCUGAUAGUUAAUUCUUCAAUCGAAUUUAUACCUUAAUCUUGGGGUACUCUUUGGCGUAUAUGAUUGAGUUGUAUCUUUCCAUGAUGCAUAAGCUUUGGUUCAGGUCU